ACAUUCGAAUCGUCGGGCGCCUCGCUGCAAUCAUACAUUCUUUACCCACACAUACAUACAUAAUAAUAAUAAUAAGAGUACGUGUCGAAGAUAUCAUAAUAAUACACAUACCUGAAGCAGAAUUGUGAUGAUUCGGACGAACUACCUGGUCGUAUGUAUUAUAUCCAUCGCAGCCUCGCCACUGCUGCUGCCGCCGCCGGUGGCCGGAGUCAGUAACCUGGGUGAUGCGCUGGUGCAAGCCAACUCCAAAGGGUUUCCGGCAGACCUGCUGUACAGCGUGGCCGGGCUGGAGGGCCGUUCGGGCAACGACAAGGCGCUUUUGGCCACGGCCCUGGAAUCGCCGAAGGUGCAGCAGGACGCGCGGAAGGCAGCCGUAGAGUACGCGGUCAAGGACCUGCCGACGAGCCGCGAGAACACGGACGGAUACUGCUCGUACUCGUGGCUGAGAUGGUUGCCGUUCAUGGAUUGCGAGGUGGCGGCCACCGAGGUCCGACAGGCUAUUCAACUGGUCAACCACAAGCGUAACUGUAUGCGGUGAACAAGAGUCGAGCGCACAAAAACAUAAUAAUACAAAUAUUUAUAAAAACGAACGUUUUGGCACAAUUGUUUAUUUUUUUAUUUACACAAAAUACGAUAGUCAUAUAUUUUAUAAUUUGUAUUUUUUUUUUGAUGAUAUACGAAUAUUAGUCGUUGUGUCAAUAAAACGUACCACACUAAACACAAUA